UGUCAGCCUAUAUUUUUUUAAUAAAAUUGUGAAUAACUCUAAAAAAAAACAAUAUGUAAAAAGUCGGGCUUAAAUAUAUAUUUUUUUAAUAUGUGUCUCACAGAAACAUGGCAUUGGGAGAAAAUUAAAUAUCAAAAUGCAAUAUGAAACAUCAAGAGCUUAUUAUGAACGUUACAACGUAAAUAUACGUUAAAACGAAAAUGGCAUGUUGUUGUAAGGCAAAAUGCAAUAAAGCGUCGGUGAGUUGUUUGGGACGUUGCGAUUUGCCGAAGCACAGAUGUCUUACCAGAGACGAUAUCAAAGCAGGUCCCGUGCCACGACAUAUGGGAUGGCACUACACGGCAAAGGAUGCACCUGAACAUCAGUUGAGAUGCGGCUGGCGGCCAGGUCAUAUUUCCUGUUCUGUACUCAGGAAAAUUGAACGACACAAUUGCAUGAAGAGUGGAGAAUGCACGUCUUGUAUCGCCACUUGUUCGAAGCCGCCUUGCAUGAAGCCGUGUUGCUUUGUGCCGAAGUGCGCGGCUGUCUGCCCAUCGGCCACCUCCUGUUGCAAAACGCCUUGCGGACAACCAAUCAUUAGAGUAGUGAGACAUGGAGGCCAAUACAACAUCUGUACGAAACCUUCAAAAAUAAGUAACGCACCAUCGGGUCCUUAUCCACUGAAAUACGUUCUUAACACCUCUCCAGACGAUAAUGAUGCCGAACAAGGAAAAGUGAAAUACUCUGUAGAGGCGAAAUUCAAUGACUAUUUAUUUGACUACACAAGUUCCCAGGCAUCAUUCGUUCUCGACUUUUCUCCACCGAACCCAAAAUGUUUUAAACCUUGUCCGAAGAAAAGUAUCUCAUGCCUACUGUGUGACACAUAUAAAUGCUAAAUUUAUAGUUAAAAUUGUUUGUUUAUUAAUUUUACAAAAUUAAAAGUACAGUUUUAACUUGGCA